AUGUCAUUUUCAAACGAUGCAACAAAGUCUACGGUGAAAGUUCGAAAAAUACAUCGUCAUUAUUCUCAUCCAAUCAAAAGAGAAAAACAAUUGAACAAUAUUAUUCGUGUGUCCAUUGUACCUUCAAACAAUCAAAUAUUAGCAAAGGAAAAUUUAAUAAAACAUAAUGCCAGUUUAUCUUUCCCAAAUGCAUAUGCUAAUCGUCCUACAGGAAACCUUCAACAAAGAAAUGAUACCUUGAAAAACAAUACUAACAAUAAUCAAUCCGUUCAAAAAAAUGUUCCAAAAACUGAUUCACGUACAUCAUCCUCAUCCAAAGUAACUCCUCUUAACGAAAUUCAUUGGGAUGAUCGCUUUUUUUUUCAACUUCGGAUACAACUACAACUUCAGCUACGGUCACAAACACGACCUCAGGUAGCACUUCAGCUACGGUCUCAAACCCGACCUCAAGUAGCACUUCAGCUACGGUCUCAAACACGACCUCAAGUAACACUUCCGCUACGGUCACAAACACGACCUCAAGUAGCACUUCAGCUACAACCUCAAGUACAACCUCAAGUAGCACCUCAGCUACGACGUCAAGCACAACGUCAAGCACAACGUCAAGUACCACUUCCAGUACGACGUCAAGCACGACGUCAAGCACGACGUUAUAAUGGAACAUACUGGAAUGUUACUGGUGUCACAUAUGCAGGAACUGGAACAAGGGGCACUGCUUGGAAUCAACUAUAUCAACCAUCUGGGGUAUUUAUAGAUUCAAAUGAUAAUAUGUAUAUUAGUGAUAGUGGUAACUUUCGAAUAAUGUACUAUUUAUCGAAUGCCGCUAACGGCACUCUUGUAGCUGGUACAGGAGUGGGCGGAACUGCUUUGAGCCAACUCGCUGUAACAGGCAUUCGUUAUCUUUAUGUUGAUGCAAAUCAAAGCAUUUAUAUCAAUGAUGCAUAUAAUAAUCGUAUUGUACGAUGGGCACGUGGUGGUUCUACUGGUGUACUUCAAGCUGGUACUGGUACUGCUGGAAGUGCACUAACUCAAUUAAGUUAUCCUUAUGGCAUAUGGGUAGAUUCAAUUUCAAAUAUAUUUGUGGCGGAAUUAAAUAAUCAUCGUGUAACAAAAUGGGCUCCGGGUUCAUCAACAGGUGUUGUUGUUGCUGGUGUUUCAGGCUCAUCUGGUACGUACAAUGGCCGGAAAAAUAGUUACUGUUAUAUAUGA